AGUUGAGAUUUGGUUCAUCUACAGUGCAUUGUGUUUACUUUCAUUUUAAUUGACAACUUAUUCGAUUUUUCAUUGGGAGUGAAUAAUUUUUUCCAUUGUCAAGCUAUUUAAUGUGAACCGUUCAAUGAAAAAUCAAACAAUCCGCUCUUUUCUGUUCAUCAAAAUCUGUUUUUGAAGUAAGAGAGAAUUCGGUUAAAGCAAUGUCCAACAAAACUUUGCUACAAAUUUGUGUUGUCUUGGGAGUGGUCAGUGGUUUUCAGAGCCUGAAUAGUGAGAAUAUAAGUAAUCAACGACAUCGAACUGAGCGAAUCGAUGGAGAGAAGCAUCAAAGCCACAUAUUUCACUUCUUUUAUCCGGUUCACGAGAAUGUUGUUGAACCAACGGAGAAAAAUGAUGUGAAUAUUAGUCGUAGAUCACUAUGGCUUGGCCAUAGACUUUUUUUUGCUAUCAAAACGAACGAUGAACCGAUUGUAAACACUUUGAUUGAAGAAAAUGCAAGUGUGAACGUCAAGGACGAUCAAGGCUGGACUGCACUUCACCAUGCCGCUUUCUAUGGCUACGAUGGAAUCGUUGAAAUUCUCUUAAGAAAUGGCGCGAGAGUUAAUUCUACCGAUAAUGAUGGAAAUUCGCCACUUCAUUCUGCUGCACUCAAUGGCAAGGGAAAAGUCGUGGAAAUUUUGGUGAAAGAAGGUGCUGGUGUCAAUCUAAGGAAUAAAUUUAAUGAAACGGCACUUUUUAUAGCGGUCGAUCAUAGCUAUGGAAGAAUUGUGACAUUUUUGGCUCGAAAUGGAACUGAUCUUGACAUUCGGAAUGACAAGAAAAAAACCGCGCUUAUCGUUGCUGUUGAAAAAGAUCUAGAAGAUGCUGUUGAUAUUUUAAUAAAGAAUGGUGCCAAUGUGAAUUUAACUGAUGAUAAUGGUCAUUCUCCACUUUACAUUGCACUCAAAGAAGGUCACAAAGAAAUAGCGAGAUUGCUCAUUGAAAAUAAAGCCAAUGUUGAUCUCGAUCUUGGUAAUUGGAAGACGGAGAUAUAUUGGUGUGUUACGCGCGGCGAAGCCAGUGGAUUGGCGGCCACCAAAAUAUUAGCCGAAAAUGGCAUACGUAGCCCAUACACAUUUGAUUUUGAAAUAAUUGAUGCCUUCAAUCUUGAGAAAGCCAUGCGAGAAGGUGAUGUAAAUGCAAUCGAAAUGUUGGUUAAAAAUUGCGCCGACUUAAGUCAAAUGGAACGCUUUGAACUACUCCAUAAAGCGGCAGAAAUCGGCAAUGUUGAAAUCAUGAAAUUGUUCAUUGAUCAUGGGGCAAGAGUUAAUUAUUUCUGGAACGAAGCACCAAUUCACCGUGCUGCUUUGCGAGGUCACGUCGAUGCGGUUAAAUAUCUUUUGGAAAAUGGUGCCACUGUAAAUGACAAGGAUCAUGAAUGGAAAACCCCAUUAUUUUACAGCGUUAAAGGAGGCCAUGAGAAAAUGAUCAAAAUGCUAAUAGAGAAUGGUGCAAACGUGAACGAGACCACCUACCAAUCCUUAACGCCACUUGAUUUUGCUUGUUCAAUAGGCAAUACAGAGGCAGUUAAGAUGCUUAUCGAGCACGGAGCGAAAGUAAAUGCUGUCAACAGCAAUAUUUUCACACCACUUCAUACGGCAAUCAGAAAUCAUCAUGAGGAAAUUUCCAAAAUUCUUAUUGAACAUGGAGCCGAUAUAAAUGCUAGAGAUGGCAGUGGAUCAACACCUCUUCAUGUAGCUGCUUCGAAUGGCAAUGCUGGCAUUGUUAAAUUGCUCAUCCAACACAACUCCGAUCUUGGAGUAAGAAACAAUUUAGCAAAAACACCUCGCGAAAUGGCUUUAAAAAACGGUUACCAAAGUAUCGCCAGAAUAUUGCGCCAGGCAGAAGAAACCACUUUUCAAAUGUGAAAUUACCUCUAUUUACAGUUAUAGUUUGUUUAAUCAAAAGUAGUCAAGUUUUGAUCAGCUGUGUGAGUUCAAAAAUCAAUACAAAUUCUUGUUUUCUUCGCUUUUCCAUUUUCGGGCAGUUCGGUGAUGUUGAUGUUAAAGUUCAUAAUUGAUUGCAAUAUUUCAAUUUUGUUCUUCGAUUUUUGAUAAAAUUGAAAGGAGCAUCGCAUUAUAAAUUCUACUUCAACCCAAAAUAGAACACGAGCAAAUUAAAAAUAAGAAUAAAUUCAAUGGGAAAUUGAA